CUAACCCUGAUGAUGGCCCUCACAAAACAACGAACGCAAACAUGGACCAGUUUCUUCAAAGGCCGCCCUGCAUUAAUUUAUCCUAUGGAUACUUUGACAAGACUGUCCAGGUUGUCUUACUGUGCAGCUUUCGGGGCCACGGCGUUUUUGGUUUAUCAAAUCACACUUCAAAGACAAUUAGCGAUCAACUACGAAGGACCAAUUUCAUUAACAUCAUUGAUCGCUUUAUUGUCCAUGCUGAUUUACGGGAUGGUGUUUUUCCCCAUCUUCGCCUGCCUGGCCCUGAGAACAGCUUUCGGAUACGCCCUUGGAUCGCUUUACAUCUGGGUUUUCUUCAUCAUUGAUGUUAUGAGUCUCAUCUAUUGCGCCAGCGAAACACAGGAGAUAAUGAGAUUUCUUCCCAGUGUGCUCUGCAGGGCCUUCCUCUGUAUCUCUUUGCCAGUCAAGUUUGUCUGGGCAUUCAAGAAAGGGAAUUACUUUGUUAAUGUCAACACCGGAAACAGUUUGGAGAGAACGCUGGAGCAAGUCCGUGACUCUUACCAAGGUCGACAUGUCCGAAACCUGCUGAGGAAAACGGAACGAAAAGCAGAGCCUGUCAGCAUUGUCAGCAAAAUAAAUGCUUGUUUCUUCGAGCAAUUCUGGCGACUAUUCUACCACAGACAAAAAGGAUUUCGAUUUCCCACAAGGUUUGUCUCUGUUCUGUUUGUUGGAGGUUGUGUAGUUUACAUUCUGACAGUCGAGUUUCUAUUUGUGGCAUUGGCUUUUAUGAAAGGGUCCCAGGUGCAACUGGCACACAUCCAUUAUGAAUUAAUUAACAAUUGGACAAACGAGCCCGCAUUGUAUGCUGUGAUUGAGAUUCUUAUCUACGUCACGCUUGUGCUCCAUGACGUCAUUAACCUAGUCUACUACUCCCUAAUUGUUGCCCUUGCCCUUUCCUGCACUAUGACACUUGUGAAUAUUCUACACAUGAGCACAUCGUUUAGAAAGAAUCUGUAUAUGCUGUACAGGGGAGACUACUCCUACAUACCCAUGGCGUCCACGUUUUCAGCCAAAGAUCUGUGUGUCGGCAGUAUCAAGUAUGCGGGGUUUCAGGUGGCUUAUCUGAUAUGGGGUUUUAUGAUCAUCACAGUAUUACUGUUCUUCAUUUGUUUUGUCACGGGUGUAUUUAUUCUAUUCAUCAUCUACGACAACAUUGACUGGUUGCUGAAUAAAGUGCUCCAAAUCUGGCCAGGUAUCCUCGUAGCCAUAGCACUUAUUAUUGUACAGAAAGUCUUGGCCAGAUUUGUCUUUCUUCAAGGCGAUGGUCAACAUUUACGUCUGGAUAACAGACGUUUCUAUUUCAUCACCGCUUACUUUAUGUUCUUCUAUAACAUCUUUCUGGGUAUUGCUUCCUGCUUGUUGAGGAUUGUCCAGUCAAUAGCUGUUGGGAUUCUAUUCCUGGCUAGAUUGGACACUAGCCCAAUGCCAAGAAAAUUUGAAGGUUUUGAUCCAGGUUUCAGCGCCUAUACAGGCUACAUCCACAUGGAGAUGGCGCACACACAUCCAGUGGUUCUCGUGUUUAUACAACUGCUGUACACACUCAGUCGAGAAAGGAAGUCGCCUGGUUCGAUGACAAUGUCAAAGACUGAAUGUGGCAGUGAAGUCAAGUCUGGUGUGUCUGAAGAUAUUAAUCAUGUGGUAAUACCAAUGAAGAAAGUUGUGAGAAACCGAUCUGCCCAAUUCAACUGGCUUGUUAUCUAUACCCUCCUACAGAACCCAUCAGUAAGGAUGUACAGAAAAGGUUUUAUCCAGUCCAUGAGGAAGGCCGUCAAAGAAGGUCUCAAGAUACCGAUCAGUGACCAACCCAUCACUGACUUUGAUUUGGUCAAACUCCAAGAGGAGAAGGAGAGAGGAGACCAUGGUUCUUCACAUCAGACCAAUUCAUCCGAUUUCUGUAUAUCGAAUCUAAGAAUGGCGUCGCUUCAGAAUGUCUUAUGAUUAGCACCGUAGUUAGGUUUUGGUAUAGACCUGAUUUGAUUAGUUCACUCAACUCAAAGACACAACUCAGUUUUGGGGAUGCAAAUCAAUAAAGCUGUUAGGUAUAUAAAAGUGACACUUUAAAAUGAAGGACAUUCAGAAAAAUAUAAAUUCAAUACUGCUAACAGGAAGGGUCUUUGUUUUAAAACAAAGAAAGAUAACUUGUGCCGUUAUCAGUUACGCUGAAUGAAGAACACAAGAGCCCAAGGAACAAUUGUUGGACUAUCGCUCUGUGAUACAUGGAAGUUUGUAAAACAAUCAUCUGAACAUGUUAAAUGUCCCGUGUAGUAAAGAAAAUUGAAUGAAACUUCAUGACAUGGUUGCCUGUGAGUUUGUAGAUUGAAUAUGAUGGUGCAUGGUUGCCUGUGAGUUUGUAGAUUGAAUAUGAUGGUGCAUGGUUGCCUGUGAGUUUGUAGAUUGAAUAUGAUGGUGCAUGGUUGCCUGUGAGUUUGUAGAUUGCAUAUGAUGGUGCAUGGUUGCCUGUGAGGUUGUAGAUUGAAUAUGAUGGUGCAUGGUUGCCUGUGAGUUUGUAGAUUGAAUAUGAUGGUGCAUGGUUGCCUGUGAGGUUGUAGAUUGAAUAUGAUGGUGCAUGGUUGCCUGUGAGGUUGUAGAUUGAAUAUGAUGGU